ACUUGCUUUUGCUGUGAUAUUCCUCUCAUUUGUGUCAGGAAGUUAGGAUUUAAGAACAUAAUAAGCAUGAGCAUGUCCAUUUUUUGCAGCGCAGGCCCAUGUGGAGGAAUACAUGCCGCGCUCUUCCCUCCCUCUCUGUGACGCGCUGAGGGGAACCAGAGGAACAAGCCCUGUGUGAGACAGAAAGGAAAAGGGAGGCACAGAGAGGGAUAAAGGGGGAGAGGGGGACAUAUUCGCUGUGAGGAAGAGAGGCGUGCCAAUAAUCAAGGAUUUUGGAUGAGGACGCGCGUCUCGGAGAACACAUGGGAACUCACUGGAUCAUUUACGCAGCGUCACGGAGCCGCCGUGAGAGAAGAGGGGCUCCCUGAGCUGCUGUUGCUGCUGCCUGUUGUGUGCCUGUCCUGAAUGAGCUCGGACACCGAACCUUGUGCGGGACAAAAUCAAAGCUGACACGGAUAUACGACUCGCAGAAACACGGGAUCCUUCGCUAAAAUGCAGGGUCUGAGUUCCAGGGCUCACGCGUUUUCGGUGGAGGCGCUGGUUGGGAAACCCUGCAAGAGGAUGAAAGUCUCGGAGGGACACGAGUCAAGUUUAGCUGCAGACACCGGGAGCGACACGAGCAUCUUCACAGGCCUGAAUGAUUAUCCAGUCAGCCAGAUGAAAAAAGCAAGUUCAACGCCGAGGAGGACGGAGGACACUUGCUGUGACCCCGACAGACAGACUGUGAGAUCACGGGCUGAAGAGGCUGACCCCAGCGGGGAGGAGAACAAGCCGAAGGAGGGCGACUGCCGCCCAGACAGAGAGGUCCGGGUAGAGCUGCAGGGCUCCGAGCUGUGGAAGAGAUUCUAUGAGAUCGGCACCGAGAUGAUCAUCACUAAAGCUGGCAGGAGGAUGUUUCCCUCUGUGCGCGUCAAAGUGCGCAAUCUGGACCCGUGCCAACAAUACUACAUUGCGAUGGACGUCAUGCCAGUGGACUCAAAACGCUACAGGUACGUGUACCACAGCUCGCAGUGGAUGGUGGCAGGAAACACGGACCACUCCUGCAUCUCUCCCAGGCUUUACGUACACCCAGACUCGCCGUGCGCAGGAGAGACGUGGAUGCGUCAAGUCAUCAGUUUUGACCGAGUGAAACUCACCAACAACGAGAUGGACGAUAAGGGACAUAUAAUCCUUCAGUCGAUGCAUAAAUACAAGCCACGUGUGCACAUCAUCCAGCAUGACCCUCGGAUGGACUUGUCACAAAUCCAGUCGCUGCCUGCUGAAGGAGUGCACAGCUUCUCCUUCCCAGAAACUGAGUUCACCACAGUCACAGCCUAUCAGAAUCAACAGAUCACAAAACUAAAAAUCGACAGGAACCCGUUCGCCAAGGGCUUCAGAGAUCCAGGAAGGAAUAGGGGAGUGUUGGAUGGCUUGUUGGAGACAUAUCCCUGGAGGGGCCCUCUCAGCUUAGACUUCAAGCCUUUUACCAUACAGUUUCAAGGGGGCUCCGGGUCACCGACCAGCAGUGACAAGGGUCUCCUCCCUCUCUCCUCGUCUUCAUCCCUUCGUCCGUUCUCCGUGUCAGCGCUCUCCUGCCAGGACGCCACUCUGCACACCCUCGCCCUUCCUCUUUACGGCAAGGCCUCCUCCGCAUCGCCCAACUCCCCGUUGCCCGGCAGAGCCUUCUCCUCCCUGGGAGCAGACAGACUAAGAGGUCUGCCCCAGCUGUCUCCGCUGACAGACCUCCCACUCCUCUCAGCGCUGCAGGCAAAGAAACCUGCGCACUGUAGGGACCCAUGUCUUCACGGAUCUCUGGGGGGCUCCCCGUGUUUCUUCCCCCUCCACAGCCCAAUCAGCCCUCAGGGGCCCUCUCUCCUCCCUCAUCUCUCUGAUACUGUGGGUCCCUACUGUCUUUACCGCUACAGCUUCCCCCUGAACCCCCAAUUCACAGCCAUUUCCCGGCAUGCCAAACUAGUCGAUGACACCACAGACAGUCUGCUGCGCCAGUCUCCAUGGCACCCGACCACCAACCACUGCCUCUGACAGCUGGACCGCACUUUAAUGCUCCGGCCCAUUGAGUGUAACAAGCCAAAGCUUACUGCAGCAAAGCAGAGAAGGCUGAUUCUCUGUUGAAGACUCAGUGGAGCAAUAAAAGCAGAACUGUGGCUGUCUGGAUGUUUUUUGUAUUUAAAAACUGUUUCGUAAGUGUAUUGGAUUCACCAGCACAAAAACUGACCCUGAAGCAGAUCAUGGGCAGCCCCUCUUCACUGUGCAUACUCAACCUACAGCCAAAAGGCCCGACAUUAGCGUGAUCAGAAAUGUAGACAGGAUGUAGAUUUUUAUUUGGGACAGAAAGCUUCUUUAACACAAGGCGGAAUGUGUUUCCUGCCUUAACUACUUAACAGGCUGCAACAGUGUUACCAAACAGUAUCAGCAAUAGGACCUGAGGUAUGUAAUUUAAAUAUUACUGAACAUGAGAAGGACUGUUAAACUGACCACAAGUGCCCAUUAAAGUAUUUUUCAUAUUUUGUAGUUCAGAUUGUACACCAGCAUUCAAAAUGUUCUUUUUUCAUACAAAGAGUGUGUUAUACAAGGCAAAAGAGGAACUUCUAGUGUAUUCCAAAGUACAACAGCAAAACAUAUGUCCUGUUGUGCAACAGGAAGCAAUUUUGAAUACGAAAUUAUGCAAAAACGUCCUUUGAGGUACUUCACUGUUUCUUGGAAUUGGACAGACAUUAUGAUGUAAUUAUAUGAUGUUGCGCUUUCCGGGCUCUAAACUAAGCUGAAUCUCAGUGGCCACCCCUGACUAAUAACAUGAGCUCAUCAGGUCUCUGUGUGAUUUUAGAGGAAGAACAACAGCUGCCAGGUUUCAGGUGGCCAGUUUCCAUUCCCGUACUUUGUUACCAAUAACAGGACUAAUCAGAGACGCAUGGCGGUCAAAGGGUUGUUCCAUACAGGCCUUUAUACACAACACGAUUGGAAUAAGGAUCCUUGCCCUCUGAAAUAUGCUAAAGCGAGCGUGUCACUAUUGUAACACUGUUCCAGGAAACACAGUAAACCAAUACUGCUGUGUUAAGAACCUGACUUUCAAAAACAUGUGGACGUUUUUUUAAAAAAAAAAAGUAAAUUCCAGUGCGCAGAAUGAAAACCUCUCAUAACUGUGGGCCAACAUAAUGCUGUGUUUUUUGCCCAUACCAAAGGGGGCACACCCGUUCAGACGCUGAUGUGAUAAUUCCUACCUUCAGCUCAGACUCAAAACCCUGCACCAUCCCUCGUUCCCUCCCUUCUUCUCAGUGCAACUAGGAGCGGCGGUUUAGGCAAAGCGGGGGAAAUGGCCUUUUUCCCGACAAACGGUCAUAACCAAACAGCAAUUUUCUUGUCAUGGCCAAGCGUGGCAGUGAGCUAAUGCUUGCUGGACGUGGAAAUAGCAGGAAGGAGUUAAUUGUGGAACUCAGGCAGGGGAUGGCCCGUGUCUCAGUGCUCAGUCAGGUGCGUUGCUAUCAAACAGCCUGUCCUUUGUCUGCAGACGGACAUAAUCUGCACUGGUUAUUUGAUACUGUCUGUCAUUUCCAUGUUUGACUGUGUAGGACAAUCAUUUUAAACUCCCAGCUAAUUCCUGAUCUUUCAAUUAGACAAAUUGCUUUCAUACCAGGAGAGCUGAACGUUGCACCUGCUGCCCUCCAGUAGAAUAAUACACAAACACAAAUUACAUAGAUUAAGAUUUGAGCAGCUGACAUUUAUUUGUGUCUUAAUACUGUUGCUGUUGUACUAUGUUGCAAGUGGUAAGCAACAUUUGGGAAAUUGACUUUAAUUAGGUUGUACAUGUAUACACUUUGCAACACUAAAAGUAUUUUGGAUAUGAGAAAUAUUUUAAUAAUGUGGCAAAUAUUUCUGUUUUUUUGCAUUCUUGUUGAGAAAUAAACAAGAAGAUCUUUAAUGCUGCCAUGUCUGUACACUAAAUAUGAAGCUACUGCCACCCUGGAAAUGCAAAAACCAGUGUGCCUUUAUACACGAUAUCUCAUGUUUAACUCAUGCAAAAUAGAGUGAAACAAACUCAGGUUGUGAUUUUACAGUAUGUAGAGAGCUGUUUCUUAGCUAAGUGAGGUAACUGCCAACGUUUUUACUCUUCUGCUUUUGUACAGUUUAAACAGCCAAGGUGACGUGUGCUAACGUGUUUCAUUUCUCGAUGCUAUCGG